AUGUGGUUGGAGAAUAAUACUUUGGGAACAGAUUUCAUCCUAAUGGGCCUCUUUAGCCAAAGCAAAUACCCUACUCUCUUCAGCUCAGUGAUCUUCAUUGUUUUUAUAGUAGCUCUGUCUGGGAAUGCCACUCUCAUCCUUCUUAUCUAUUGUGAGCCUCACCUCCACACUCCCAUGUACUUCUUUAUCAGCCAGCUUUCCCUCAUGGAUAUGAUGUAUAGCUUUGUUAUUGUGCCCAAGAUGCUGUUGGAUCAAGUGACUGGGAUUCAUAAUAUCUUAGUCCCAAGCUGUGGGAUCCAGAUGUUCCUCUAUUUGACACUUGUUGGGGCAGAGUUCUUCCUUUUGGCAGCCAUGUCCUAUGAUAGGUUUGUGGCUAUCUGUCACCCCCUUCGCUACCCCAUCCUCAUGAACCAUAGAGUUUGCAAACUCCUUAUAAUUGGUUGUUGGCUUUUAGGCUCUAUUGAUGGUUUCAUGAUUACUUCUAUUACUAUGACCUUCCCAUUUUGUAAAUCCCAAGAGAUCCAACACUUUUUUUGUGAGACUCCUGCUCUGACAAAGCUUUCUUGUUCAGACACCUCACUUUAUAAGAUUGCCAUGUACCUAUGCUGCUUUCUUAUGAUCCUUAUCCCUGUAAUAGUCAUUUUGAGCUCUUACUCCCUCAUUCUCCUCACAGUCUAUAGGAUGAAUUCAGUCACUGGCUAUAAGAAAGCAUUUUCCACAUGUUCCUCCCACAUUACUGUUAUCAUCCUCUUGUAUGGGGCUGCUGCCUACAACUACAUGCUACCCCCUUCUUACCACACUGCUGAGAAGGAUAUGAUGAUAUCUGUCUAUUACACUAUUGUUACACCUGCACUUAACCCUUUUAUCUAUAGCUUUAGGAACAAAGAUGUUACUGGAAGUUUGAGGAGACUGCUAGAGUGA